CACUCCUCACAACAGAAAGUAAUGCUACAAAUUCAUCUAUAAACAGUUUGAAUAAAUUGAAUAAAACAACUGACUGUAUAGAGAGUCUGCCAGAAAAUAAGAUGCAGUCUGCUUUAAUUAAUCCUAAUAAUUUAACAUCGCAAUACUACUAUUAUUACUAUUAUUAUGGUUUACAAAAUGCGCAAAAACUACUUCAUUCUCAACAGAAUACAUCAAUGAGUAAUAAUAUGUUACUGGAUAAAACAAAACUUAGUGAAACAUCAUUAUCAUCAUCGUCGUUAUCAUUGAAUACAGAUGAAAAACAAAAUUCAUUGAAACAUCUAACAACAUCAUGCGCCACAGUCUCAACAACUUUAACUAAAUGUAUUGAUGCCAAUACUCAUUUAUAUUCUUCAUCGAAAUAUCCACCUAUUCUGUUUGAAGGUCAAGGAAGAGUCAACCAGUUGGGUGGUAUGUUUAUCAAUGGUAGACCAUUACCGUAUGAAACACGUCUAAAAAUAGUCGAAUUAUCUAGUAAUGGUAUUCGUCCAUGCGAUAUAUCAAGACAACUUAAAGUAUCACAUGGUUGUGUGAGUAAAAUUCUUCAACGUUACAGUGAAACAGGUAGUGUAAGUCCAGGUGCAACUGGAGGAGCUAGAAAACCGAGAACUGGUCACCAUCAUCAAAAUAUUAUAUCAGUAUCAUCAGAUAGCAGCCAAUCAAACAACAAUCGAUCAAGAAAUUUUAAUCAUAAAUAUACUAAAAUUAAUCGUUUUAAUUAUAAACAAAAUAAAGCUGAUAUUCUGCAUAAAAGAAAGCUGAGCAAGUCAUCAAAAAUACGACUAUCUGAAACGCGUUACAUUCCAGAUCAUUGUACUAACCAAAUAGGAACACUUUUGACUGAUUAUCCUUCUUCAUCAUCUUUGGAAAAGACAACAACACAUCCAAUAUCUUCAUUAAAUCAAACAAAAUCAAAGCUGUUGUCGAAUCAUCCACUGGAAAUGAAUAAUCGUAAUCUCUGUCAACAACAACAACAACAACAACUGCAACAUCAACACAGCCCUCAGUAUCAACAACAAGAAGCUAUAGACUUAUCAGUUAAUAAAAGACCUAAGUACAACUUGGCAGAAGAUACUUCAACUUCAUCAAUAAAUAACAGUACCACAGUGCAUGGUUCUAAGCUGUAUAACUCUUCUUUGUUUCAAUCUCCAAGUAACUACAACGCUGAUAAUAAUACUAAUAGUACUUGUAUAAACAUUAUAGAUAUACCUUCACAAAAAUACUUGAAGCAUCCUGAUACAGAUUUAUUGCGUACACAAGUUGGAUUGAAUUUAUCGACUUCAUUGAAUGAUGACAUGCAAAAGUAUGCACACUAUUUGACUGAGAACAAAUCACCAAGCAGCAGCAGCAGUAACACUGGCAGUAUCAUGCUGAACAGACAGGUCAAUGAUAUUGAACACUUGAUUCAUUCAUUAAAAGAUUAUCAAAUCCCACAUUCAACUGAAAGCAACAAUAAUAGAAAUAAUAAUGAUACUCUUCAAUACAAUGAAACAGAUAAUCGUACAUUUUGUACAAGUUCACUGUCAUCCAAUAUAAACAACACACAAGACAGUAAUUCACUUAAACGUUUAAUAGACACCAAUACUAAUAUUUAUAAUAGUAAUAAUGACAACAAUACAGAUGAAUACAGAAAUAUAAAAGAAACUAUCAAAUCAUUUUGUUAUGAUGAUAUUCAUGCACAGAAAGGUUGUACAGAACAUCAAUUAAAUGAGGCCAGUCCAAGUAAUAACGAUUUCUACGAUGGGUCACUAGAAUCCCCAUUAUCAAAUGAUGAUAUGAUAGCUGAUUCCAGUGUGUCUAGUAUGAUGGGUAGGCGAAAUAGGACAACAUUUUCAGAGAAACAAGUGGAAUUUCUUGAAUUAGCCUUCCAACAUACACAUUAUCCUGACUUACAACUUCGCGAAACACUUGCCUAUCAAACUAAGCUACCUGAGUGUAAAAUUCAAGUUUGGUUUAGUAAUCGUAGAGCUCGUUGGCGUAAACAGUUGAGUUUUAACUGUCAGAAUACAUCAGAUUCAGUCGUUCAGUUGUCUACACCAUGGCAACUUUUGACUAAGUACCAAAGACCUGAAGCAUUAACAUUAAAACAUGAAGUACAUCAUCAUUAUGAUCAAAAACAACAACAACAACCACAAGCAACUCUUCCAUUAUCUUUUUUGAAUAAUAAAAGCCAUUUGAAUGAUCAGUUAACACAACAACAAUUAAAGAUGUCAGCUGAUCUAUUGAACAAUGAACACUCUGUAAAAACUGAAUGCAGUUCAGUAACAGAUGUGGCAAACACAAGUAGUGAAAAUCACAUCACACAUUCAAUGGGGAAUCAAAUAGUCAAUGAUUAUUGUAGUGCAUUGAUAAAACUAUAUCAGACUACUCAGUUAGUUUCUAAUAAAAUGAAUUAUCAUGAAAAUGAUGUAUUUGAUGAAAAUAUUUGUCGGCGUCAAAAUGAAUUAAACGAUACUAGAAUGAAUUAUCUAUCGCCUCCAUUAGAUGUUAAGCAAGCACGAAAUAGAGCUGAGGCGGAGUCUGAACGUCUGCCGAAGACAAAUGAUGUUCACUUAUCUGGUUACGCUAACAACAAGUGCUCAGAUGAUUUAAAACUUAGUCCAAAUAGAUCAAUAAAUUUAACUCAAACCAAAAAUUCUCAUCCUAAUCAAAAACAGAUAAUUGAAGCAGAGAGUGGUAAUUUAUCUGAAAUACCAAUUCAUUCCCAAUCUUCCCCAAUUAACCAAUCAAAAGUUGAUCGUAUCACUGAUGCAAAUGAGGAAACAAUUGAACCAGAUUCAACAAUGGAUUAUCAAAAAUCACCAUCUAAUUCAUCAUUUAUUACAACAAAUUUAUAAGAUAUUCGCCUUUUUUCAUCAAUAUUAAACGUUAAGAUUCAGCUUUCUUAUUGUACAGAGAACAUAAUAUUUAUUAUUUAUAUGCAUGCAUGUUUUAUUGAUUCAUAUUUAUAUUUUCCUGCUUAUUUAACGUUUUAAACAAUCUAUUUAUACAUUG